GAUAUGAAGAAAAUAAAAUUAACAUAUUAACUUGUAUUAUCUUUUAUUUUAUUUGAUCACUUCCAGCCUGAACUGGAGCCGCUUCAUCGUUCUCACAGAACCGCGUGGGGAGUGAAUGCUCCAACUCAAGAUAAUUUGUGGCGCUUCUCUACUUCUUGGAAACCCUUGCUUUUAGUUAUUGAUUGCUGGCCUAUCCAUAAGGAAGGAACUGAGGAAGAAUAAAACAAUUUUAUUCAGUUUGUUUUGCUUGAGGAUAAGUGAACUGUAUGGAAGGCUCAUUGAAUUUUUUGUUGAACCAAAGUUGUUUAAAACCCUUUGGUUUCACUCCGCGACUUGGUUGUACUUUCCCAGUUAUUACAAAAACUGGGCAUUUAAAUCAAAAGCUCAAGUCAUGUACCUUGAUGACUAAUUGCUCACAUUUGGGUAGUGAGACUUACAUUAGUUCUAGAGGAGCUAGACUUGCCGCGUUGGAUGGUGAUGGUGAAGGAGAGGAGUCCGGUAUGGACUGGGAAUCGGAGUUUGUGGGGGAGCUGGAUCCGUUUGGUUACCGAGCGCCCAAGAAAAGGGCGAAGGAACAGAGGUCGGAGUUGCUUAAAGAGACUGAAGAAAUGGAUUGGUGUGUGAGGGCAAGAAAGAUGGCGAUGAAAUCAAUUGAAGCGAGGGGCAUGGCUUAUGCAAUCGAAGAUUUGGUCACUGUUAAAAAGAAAAAGAAGAAGGCUAAGAAGAAGCUGGAAAGCAAGAAGAAAAUAGUUAAGAAAGACAAGGAAACAGAAGAUGAUCUUGACUAUAAUUCAGAUGAAGAUUUCAUGCUGUCAGAGGCUAUGCAACCUGUGAAUGAUGUUGGUGAUUUGAAAACCAAAGUGAGUAUGAUGGCCAAUGGAAUGUUUGCCGAAAAGAGGGAGAAAACAAUGGAAGAAUUCGUCAAUAAGCUGUCUCAAUUCUCUGGUCCGUCUGAUCAUAGAAAAGAAUUCAACUUGAACAAAUCAAUUGUAGAAGCACAGACUGCAGAGGAUGUCCUGGAGGUUACUUAUGAAACAAUUUCUGCAGUCAUGAAAGGCCUAAGCCCUUCACCCCUCUCCCCUUUGAAUAUCGCUACUUCUCUUCAUCGCAUUGCUAAAAACAUGGAGAAAGUUUCUAUGCUGCAAACUCGAAGACUAGCUUUUGCUCGACAAAGAGAAAUGUCUAUGCUUGUGGGAAUCGCAAUGACAGCCUUACCUGAAUGUUCUGGUCAAGGAAUCUCUAACAUAUCUUGGGCACUGUCCAAAAUUGGAGGUGAAUUGCUUUAUCAUUCAGAAAUGGAUCGAGUUGCAGAGGUUGCACUCACCAAGGUUGAGGAGUUCAACUCUCAAAACAUUGCCAAUAUUGCUGGUGCUUUUGCUGCAAUGCAGCACUCUGCUCCGGAACUUUUCUCAGUGUUGUCAAAAAGGGCUUCAAACAUAAUUCACACCUUCAAAGAGCAAGAACUUGCACAGCUUUUGUGGGCUUUUGCAUCUCUAUUUGAGCCUGCUGACCCUAUAUUUGAUUCUUUAGACGAAGUCUUCAAAGAUCAUUGCCAAUUGAGAGGUUUCACAGGUGAAAAAACAUCAAAUGAUUAUGAACAAAACCGUGCUGAUAGAAGCAGGGACUCAAAUGGAUCUCCUGGUUCGUCUGUACUCACUUUAAGUAGGGAUCAGCUCGCGACUAUAGCUUGGUCCUAUGCUGUGUUCGGACAAUUGAAUAGGAGUUUCUUCUCUUAUGUUUGGAAAACUCUUAGCCAUUAUGAGGAGCAAAAGCUUUCAGAGCUGUAUAGGGAGGAUAUGAUGUUUGCUUCUCAGGUUCAUCUUGUAAACCAGUGCUUGAAGCUUGAAUUCCCACAUCUUCAGUUGUCAUUAUGUGGUGAGCUUGAGGAUAAGGUUUCCCUUGCAGGAAAAACUAAAAGAUUUAAUCAGAAGAUAACUUCAUCGUUUCAAAAAGAGGUUGGACGCCUUCUUGUUAGCACUGGCCUCGAAUGGGUCAAAGAAUAUGUAGUGGAUGGGUACACUUUGGAUGCUGUGAUAGUUGAUAAGAAGCUUGCUCUGGAGAUUGAUGGUCCAACUCAUUUCUCUAGAAAUACUGGUGUUCCUUUAGGACAUACCAUGCUAAAACGCCGAUAUAUUACUGCUGCUGGUUGGGACGUCAUAUCAGUAUCCCAUCAAGAGUGGGAGGAGCUUCAAGGAGAAUUUGAACAAGUGGAGUACCUUAAGAACAUUCUCAAAAGCCACAUAGAUAAAGGUUAUGGCAACACUAUAUUGACCGAGUAAAGUGAUAAUCCGGUGCUAUUUGUGAGGCAUAUGGAAGUAUGUAUGUUUAAGGUGUCAUGCUCUGUUAGGUACCAGAAAAUAUGAAGGAAACUGGAACUGAAAUUGUAUUGACUAUACUGAAUUUCUGGUAUGAAACCCAGAAAUUGUGUUAGAGAAUACAAGAACAAAGGAAAAUAAACAGAGCAAUUCGAGAGUGCUCUUCUCUCCCAAUCCUAAGCCCAAAAACAAGCCUACCUCAUUCUCUCACCAUAACUAACAUAUAUUCCUCUCACUCCCUAGUGGUCCCCCCCCUAGCUGUACUACUCACCAAUACUAAUAAUAACACCUCAUCAGGUGGUUAUUUAGGAAUCCUAACAUUCUAGAAGGCCUUGUCAUUUGACAGAAUGCCAGUGGACUUGGGCUUCCUAUUGUAGACUUUGCCAAACCUGGGCCUGGCCAUAGCAGGUGCAACAUCUCUCCCCCCUUGAAGAUUCACCUUGUCCUCAAGGUGAUGGUCUGGAAAUUGUGCUAUCAAUCUGUCCAAUUCUUCCCAGGAAUCUUCAAAAGCUGGCAGAUUCUUCCAUCUCACUAGAACUUCUGUGGUUCCAAGGUCAUUCUGUCUGGCAUCCAAGAUGGUUUCAGGUUCUACUUGAAGCUCCCACCCUUCAUUUAGAUCUUUGGGCAAUGGUUGGCUGACGAUCCCCUCCUUCACUACUUUUUUGAGCAAAGAAAUGUGGAAUACUGGAUGAACUUGGCUGUCCUCUGGUAAUUGAAGCUUGUAAGCAGCAGCAUUGAUCUUCUCUAUUAUAGGAUAAGGACCAUAGUAUCUAGGGCUCAACUUUUGAUUCUUCCUCCUGGCCAAACUCUUGAGUUUGUAGGGUUGAAUCUUGAGAUACACAAGAUCCCCUACCUCAAAUUGAAUGUCUCUUCUAUGUUUAUUUGCUUGCUGUCUCAUUCUGUUUUGAGCCUUCUCCAAAUUUUCCUUGAGUUCAUCUAGCAUAAGGUUCCUUUCAGCAGUAAGCUUCUCCACUUCCUCUACUGAAAUGACAGAAUCAGUUCCCCUGAUGAUAGCAGGAGGGUCUCUCCCAUAUAAGGCCUUGAAGGGAGUGGUUUUGAUGGCAGAAUGAUAGUUGGUAUUAUACCAAAAUUCUGCCCAAGACAACCAUCUUGGCCAUUGCUUAGGUCUUGUUCCUGUCACACACCUGAGAUAGGUUUCAACACACCUAUUUACUACCUCGGUCUGCCCAUCUGUUUGAGGAUGGUAGGCAGAGCUAAAUUUCAGUUUGGUUCCAGCCAAUCUAAAGAGUUCAGUCCAGAAAGUGCUAAGAAAAACUCUGUCUCUGUCAGAAACUAUGGUAUUGGGAAACCCAUGUAGCUUUACUACCUCCUUUAUGAAUAUUUCAGCCACUUCCUUAGCAUUAUAGGGGUGUGAGAGAGCUAUGAAAUGGGCAUAUUUGGUGAACCUGUCAACCACCACAAAGAUGGUGUCCUUCCCCAUUGCCUUAGGAAGGCCCCCUAUGAAAUCCAUAGAAAUAUCAGACCACACUUGUGAUGGUAUAGGAAGAGGUAGUAACAAACCUGCUGGAUUCAAUGCUUCAUAUUUGUUUCUCUGGCAAACCUCACAAUCUUGCACAAAUUUCUGAAUGUCCAUCUUCAUCCCUUCCCAGUAAAAUAGAGCUGAGAUUCUCUUAUAAGUUCUAAAGACCCCUGCAUGGCCUCCAAGAGCAGACUCAUGGUAUUCUUUGAGUAUGGUGAGAACCUUGCUGGACUCCUUUGGUAACACUAUUCUGUCCUUAUAAAAUAGUCUUCCCUUCCUUAAUUGAUACCCUGCUAGAGAUUGCCCUUGUGUCAAUAGCUCUUGCAUGAUUUUUUUACAUUUUUCAUCAGCCAAUAACUCUUCUUCUAAGUCAUUCCAGCCUUCACACUGAAUAGAUGAGAUGGCAGAAAAUUGCAUUUUUCUGGACAAGGCAUCUGCUGCUUUGUUUUCUACUCCAGGUUUGUACCUGAUUUCAAAAUCAUAACCCAUCAAUUUGGAAACCCAUUUUUGCUGAUCUUCACCCAUCAAUCUCUGGUCAGCUAAGAACUUUAAGCUCUUUUGAUCUGUGUGGAUUAGGAACUUGCUACCAAGUAAAUAAUGCCUCCAUUUCUGGAUUGCGAAAACCACAGCCAUUAAUUCUCUUUCAUAUACUGAUUUUGCCUGAGCUCUGUCAGAUAAAGUCUUGCUCAUGAAUGCAAUUGGUCUCCCUUCUUGCAUCAAAACAGCUCCAAGCCCCUUUCCUGAUGCAUCAGUCUCAAGCACAAAUUCCUUGCUGAAAUCUGGUGCUGCCAACACAGGAACAGUAGUCAUUACCUCCUUUAAUUUGGCAAAAGCUAGACUGGCUUCCUCAUUCCAUUCAAAGUUGUUUUUCUUGAGGAGAUGGUUUAGAGGUUGAGCUAACUUGCUGUAAUUCCUCACAAACCUUCUAUAAUACCCUGUCAAACCCAAGAAACCCCUUAACCCUUUCACUUCUUUGGGUUGAGGCCAAUUCAGCAUGUCAUUGAUUUUAGAGGGAUCAGCAGCUACUCCUUGCUUGGAGAUUACAUGGCCUAAAUAGACCAAUUCUGGUUGGCCAAAUGAACAUUUCUUUUUAUUAGCUACUAAGUGAUUUUCCUGCAAGCUUUGGAGCACCAACCUCAAAUGUUCCAUGUGCAAUUCUAAACUCUUGCUAUAGAUUAGUAUAUCAUCAAAAAAAACCAAAACAAACUUCCUUAAAUGAGGUUUCAAAACCUGAUUCAUGAGGGCCUGAAAGGUUGAAGGAGCAUUAGAUAACCCAAAAGGCAUUACUAGAUAUUCAUAAUGUCCUUCAUGAGUUCUAAAAGCUGCUUUAUGAAUAUCCUCCUCUUUCAUCCUUAUUUGAUGAUAACCAGAUUUUAAGUCCAAUUUAGAAAAGAUAACAGCAGAACCUAUCUCAUCUAAUAAUUCAUCGAUUAUAGGUAUAGGGAACUUAUCUGGUAUAGUAACCUUGUUCAAGGCUCUAUAGUCAACACAGAAACGCCACCCUCCAUCUUUUUUCUUCACUAGAAUUGCAGGGCUACUGAAUGGACUAAUGUUGGGCCUUAUAAUCCCAUUCUUGAGCAUGUCCUGCACUUUAGUUUCUAUCUCAUUUUUCUGGUAGAAUGGAUACCUAUAGGGCCUUAUGUUUGGUGCUGCUGCUCCUUGCUGCAGUAUAAUAGCAUGAUCAGUAGGCCUCUUAGGAGGCAGCCCAUGAGGUUCUUGAAACACCACAGGGAAUUUUUCAAUAACGGUUCUCAAUUCAGCAGGGACCUCAGCUACUGCUAUGUUGAUACCUUCUACAAACUCAUGAGAAAGGCAGAAAUCCAGGUCUUUGUUCUUCCUUGUGCUCUUUAUGUUUUUGCAAGCUUCCUGAAUUUUAUUACCCUGCGGUUCUCCAUGUAACACAAACUGCUUGCCCUGAAGGUUCCACUUAAUAAUAAGUUCUUUGAAGUUGGCCUCAAUGUCCCCAAGGCUGGCUAACCAAUCCAUUCCCAGGACUAAAUCAGUGCCCCCAAGCCCAAGGAUAAAGAAAUGUUGAGUGAUAGGGAUUCCUUGCACUACCAGUGACAAAUUCUUGCACACUCCUGAAUUUCUCUCUCUGGCCCCAUUUCCAACUUCCACCACAUAUUCAGUGGUUGCUACAACAGCCAAGUCUAGUUCAUUCACAAUAUUUUGGGAGAUAAAAUUGCUGGUUGCUCCACAAUCUACCAGAAUCCAGAUUUCCCUUGUUCCAAGUCUUCCUCUAACUUUGAAAGACCUGUUAGAUGUUAAGCCCUCUUUACUAUUAAGAGACAAUUGCAGUAUUUUUCCCUCCAAAACAAACUCACCAUCUUCAGCUUCUUCAAAUAUGUCUUCCUCUUCUUCCUCUUCAUCUCCCUCAAUGAGAAUGAAUUGGAAAUGUUUCUUAGCACACACAUGUUCUCUUCCCCACUUCUCACCACAUUUAAAACACAAUCUUCUUCUACUUCUCUCUUGCAACUCAUUUUGAGAGAGUCUUUGUCCCCCUUGCCACUUCUUCUCAGGGUUCUUAGUUUCAUUCCCUCCAUCGUCCUGGGUCUCUUUUGGUUUGGUUUCCUGUCCAGUAUUGUUCUUCCCCUGAUGACUGGAAUUAUAACUUAUGUGCUUUCCCCCAUAACUUGAAGAUUUGCUUCCAAACCCACCCUUAUCCUUCCACCCACGUUUGUCCUCAUCCUUUCCUUUUUCUCCUCUGAGAGCAGAAUUUUUUUCCUCAAUCAACAAGGCCCUAUCCAUCAAUCCUGCAAGAUCAGCAGCAGGGUACAAUUUCAUUUCAGCUUUGAUUUCCUCCUGCAAUCCAUUAAGGAACACUCCUUUCAGGAUCUCCCUAUCAGCACCUCUCAUGGGUGCUGCUGCCUCUUCAAAGCUUUCCCUGUAGGCCAUGACACUCCCUUUUUGCUUAAUGCUAAGCAAAGGGCCAAAAGGGUUCUGAACCAAGGUGGGUUGAAAUCUCCUUAUCAAGGCUUGCUUGAAAGGUUCCCAGGUUCUCUCCACAGCUUGCUCUUCCCACCAUUGAAACCAUCCCAGUGCUUUCCCUUCCAUGGCAAUCAUCACCAUCUCCAACCUCUCCUCCUCCCCUACACGACUGAGUUGGAAGAACCGUUCAACACGAUUAAUCCACCCAUAAGCAUCGCUUCCAUCAAACAUGGGGAUGUCGACCCUUCUUCCAGUCACAGCACGCAAAUGGACGCGAUGGGGGUGAUCGAAUCGCUCCCUGCUGUGGUCUGAGGUACGCGACCCGGUUCGUGACCCGGUUCGCGACCCGGAGUGCGAAGACGAAGCGUCGCGAUCUCGCUCUCUGUCUCGCGAUGGUCGCCGGUUUCUGGGUGUGUUCGAUCUUCCUCGCGUGCGCCUCCGUUCCCGAUUCAUGAUGAGUCGCCGGAGCUCCUCAAAUUGCUCCGUGGCCAUCUCCUUCAUCGUGGUAACAGAUCGCUCAAGGUCAUCAACUCUGGACUCCAUUGCAGCUCGCGUAACCACCAUAAAAGCUCCCUCAGGAUCGGGAGCUCUGAUACCAAUGUUAGGUACCAGAAAAUAUGAAGGAAACUGGAACUGAAAUUGUAUUGAUUAUACUGAAUUUCUGGUAUGAAACCCAGAAAUUGUGUUAGAGAAUACAAGAAACAAAGGAAAAUAAACAGAGCAAUUCGAGAGUGCUCUUCUCUCCCAAUCCUAAGCCCAAAAACAAGCCUACCUCAUUCUCUCACCAUAACUAACAUAUAUUCCUCUCACUCCCUAGUGGUCCCCCCUAGCUGUACUACUCACCAAUACUAAUAAUAACACCUCAUCAGGUGGUUAUUUAGGAAUCCUAACAUUCUAGAAGGCCUUGUCAUUUGACAGAAUGCCAGUGGACUUGGGCUUCCUAUUGUAGACUUUGCCAAACCUGGGCCUGGCCAUAGCAGGUGCAACAUGCUCCCUUGAGAAAUUUUAGUUUAGGGGUUGUAUAUUUGUUAGAAAUGUUAUACCUAAAGCAUAUAAAAUGCUCUCUCUGUUUGUCGUUUCUUUUGUUAAUUUACAUGUAAUUUUGGCCACCAAGAGUUAGCUAAUUUCUGUAGAAAAGGAAUGGGUGAGAAAGCAAUGGAGAUAAUUAGUAUCUAUAUCAUUUUCUGUAGCAAAGUAUUCUCACUAGCAUAGUAAUUAUUGAGCUUUUAAUCUCAAAUUCUCAAUGCCCUUCCCAAAAAAUUAUUCUCUACACAAAGUGUUCGAUAAUCGAACCUUAAAGUGAAUGCUUAAGGAGUUCUGCUAUUUAUCAACUGUGUUGAACCUUGUUAUUGCAAUGCGAUAUUUUUAAUUGUUAAUAUCACGUGACAAGGUUAUCGUAUAAUAAUUUUAUUUAAUUAAGUCAACAAAUUAAUCUCUACUGCACACAAGAAGUCAAGCUGCUAUGUUUCCAAACAACUAGUGUAGUUGACUUAGUCAGGAACUAUUUUUCUCUCUAUUUGAUAUUUUCUUUCCUCCCAACUGGAUAGAAACUUCCUCGUGGAUUCCACCGUCAGGCGUCAAGUAUAACAGCCGCAGUCUUUUUUCUUAAUAUUAUCCUCCAACGUGUGGAACCAGCCGUCAAAUUAACACUUUCCUUGCUCCGUCCAGCAAUGACUUUCCGGACCACUUGCCAUGUUUUCCAGCUGCUCAAUUUCCAAACACCAAAAGAAUCAAUUUACAGCAAGUUAAUAGAAGCAACCUCUUUCCUUCUCUCUUGUUUCUCUCAUGUUUCUUUCAGGUUUCUCAAAACACCAUAUAUUUAUAACCCAAUCCCCCUUAUCCUCUUCCAUUCAACCAACACACGUCCACAUAUCUAGUCUACACCCUUUGAAAUUGCAAGUUUCCCGCAUCUUUAAAGAAUUUAGAAACAUGUCAAGAACUAUAGAGAUUACAAUUUUGUCAGCAGAAGAUCUCCAAGUGAAUAGAAAGCACAUUAAAGGUAAGGCAUUUGUGGAGGUUCAAUCCGAUGCAAGCAGCGAAGUUGGGACAACCAAAGUAGAUUCAAACAAUGGGAGUUACCCUUCAUGGAAUGAGAAAAUUGUCAUGGAUGUGCCAUUGCAUUCAAGGUUCAUAACAAUUGAUGUGAGAUGCAGGACAUCAUCUACAGCGAGUAACAGCAUUGGAAUGGCUAGAAUACCGGUUUGUGAAUUUGUAGGAGGGUAUGUGCCUGAGAAUCAAUUACAAUUCUUGAGCUAUAGGUUGUGGGAUAGUAAGGUUAGGAGAAAUGGGGUUAUAAAUAUUUCAGUGAGAGUUAAAGUGUCACAUCACUCCUGUUCCGGUUCGAUACCGUUGUCGGCGACCGGAGUGCCGGUGGCCGGUAAUGGCACCACUGGAGUUGUAACGGGGAUUCCUGCUGUGUGGUUAAACUACCAAAGGAAUCUUUGAAGGGCUUUGUCUUGUUGUGUGCUAAAAAAGAAAGUAUGCACUUCCUUUCUAUUAUUGGAAAAUUUUCCAUUAAUGAUAUGUUCAAUUAAGUACAA